GCACGGUGGCUUAUGAUGCGGCAGCAGUGUGUAUUCUAGGGCAAACGGCAGCAAUUAGCAUCCCAGUGAGCUACAGUGUGGAUGAAGCUUGUGCAUCGUACAUGCUUGAAAGGAAAAAGGUAAAAAGUGAAAACCGACCCUCAGUUGCUUGAGCUUUUGCUCCCCACCAAAAGUGUGUUGGUUUUGCGGCCACUGCUCUAAUUGCGAGUGAUUAUAAAAUCAAAGGAACUGAAGGAAGCAAACUAAUUCGCCCGAUGGUGAUGGUGAAAUGAUUGAUGAAUGGGCGCACACACACCAAGCCUAGGUCCGGUCGGCGGAAAUGACUCUCGGCUUGAAUUCGGGUGCGAAUUGAUUUACGAGAUACCAUCAACAAAGUCGUUUGACUUUGUUUCCAACUUUCUGGGGUUGUGGCGCGUUUGUUGUAACGAGUGAGCUGCAUAAUGUUGGGCCGGUGUGUUAGUGGGCAGGGAUCGAGCGACGAUCUUUCUGUGACGAAAAAUCUAUCGCAGAUCUACACCGACUGGGCCAACUACUAUCUGGAGCGGGCAAAGUCGAAGAAGAAGGUGUCCGACCUGUCCGCCGACUGUCGCGAUGGGCUGCUGCUGGCCGAGGUGAUCGAAGCCGUCACCACCUUCAAAGUACCUGAUUUGGUGAAGAAACCAAAAACUGCCCAACACAUGUACGAUAACGUGAACGCGUGCCUCACGGUUCUGAAAUUGCAUCAAGUUGGCGGCUUGGAAUCGGUCACCCCGAAUGACAUCUGCAGCGGACGGUUAAAGGCGGUGCUGUCGCUCUUCUUCGCUUUGAGUCGAUACAAACAAGCGACGAAGCAGAAAUCUUCACUACAGCUACAACCACCGCAACUGCACCAGCAUCAGCAGCAGCAGCAGCAGCAGCCGCCCCAGCAGCAUCAAACGAAGGUGGAAAUCCAUGCCGUCCCAGCCGAAAUGACGAAUCG